GAGAGUGGUGUUUCUGACAAUAUUCUCUGCACAAAACAGAGCAAACCAACCCUCGAUGCACUCUCAUCUCUGUCCCUCUGCCUCUGGGGUUCUGUGCUAUACUCAACUCUAAUCAAACCACCCCUCUUAAGCUAAACCCCAUCAUCAAUCAAACCAAAACACGACUGCUCCCAGAGCACCUGUAGCACUGCUAAAAAAAACUAAAAAACAAAAACCAGAGAGAAAUUCACAUGCCCACAGUUCAUUUUUCUGGAAAGCCUCCUCCUUUGCUCCACCCCAUUUUCUCUCCCAUUCUAGGGUUUCCCAUUUCGUUUCAGCCAGUGCUGAUCCUGAUUAUGGAGUCUGAUUGAAGUUCCUUGGAAUGUGAAAGGAGAGCUUUCUGUAUGCACAUGGUUUUGAUAUUUUUGUGUCAAAUCAGAGGAGAAUUGGCUUGAGCUCACUUGUGGGAAUCAUUAUUUUUUGAUGGAUUUCUUGAAAGCUAAGAAGUUCAGGAAAGCUCACAAACCGAAACCAGAAACUGGCACUGAUGAGAAACCCGUGCCUCAUCCAGAAGAGCGUAAGAAUGAGGGCGGUCAGGAAUUGGGUAAACCAGCGCAGGUUGAUUCUAACAAUGUUGAAGCGGAGGAUGAUGACGAUGAUUUUAUCACGAAUGAAGUGAAGAGGAGGUUGAAGGAACUCAGAAGAAACAGUUUCAUGGUUUUGAUUCCUGAAGAGGCAUCCCCGGAGGACGGGGAGGAAGACGAUGAUGAUGAUGAUGAAGAGCAAGACGACACGGAGAGCAACCUUAAUCAAUGGAGGGAUGUAGAAGCUGAAGGAAGACAGUUUUGGUCUGGAUUUGAUGCUGUAUAUGACAAAUACUGUGAACGGAUGCUAUUUUUUGAUCGACUGCAUGAUCAGCAGCUGCGUGAAUUUGGUUCUCAUGUUCCUUCCACUCCAUCUCCAAAAUCAGCGUCUAAAAAGCUAGCAUCACCCUUUCGUUGUCUUUCCUUGAAGAAAAUGGACGAACCCGAAGAUGAAACUGAGCACCUGCACCAGUCAGGAAGUGACCCUUACCAUGAUCUUGAAACAGCUUAUGUAGCUCAAGUAUGCUUGACUUGGGAGAUACUUCACUGCCAGUACACACAGUUGAGCCAGAAGAUAUCCUGCCAGCCUGAAAGUGCCACAUCUUACAACCAUAGCGCCCAGCAGUUUCAGCAAUUCCUGGUUUUGCUACAAAGGUUUAUUGAAAAUGAACCAUUUGACCAAGGUUUGAGGCCAGAAAUUUAUGCCCGUACAAGGAAUUCAUUGAGUAAACUACUUCAGGUCCCUAAAGUUCAAGGUUCUGAUCAGAAAAAGAGCGAAGAAGAAGAGUUUCUAGUUCUAGCACCUGAACUAAUUAAAAUAAUUGAAAGUUCGAUUCUGACUUUUCGUCAAUUCCUGAAAAUGGACAAGAAAAAAACAGGUGGUAUCCGUGCACUAUUAGGUGGUCAGAACCAAAUGGCUACACCCCUUCAGCAGAUACAGUCGUCCCUCGAGAAAAAAACCAUUAAACUGAAGGACCAGCGUAAAAGAACCAAGAACUGGAAAAAUCAAUCAUGGCCUACCACGCCAGUAGAUGUUGACUUGUUGCUUGGCCUAAUUGAUGUCAAAGUCAUGGCAAGGGUUCUGAGAAUGGAAAAAAUUACCAAGGAACAGUUAUUCUGGUGCGAGGGAAAGAUGAAAAAGCUCGACGUGUCUGAUGGAAAGUUGCAAAGGGAUCCCGCUGUCCUCCUAUUUCCUUGUUAAGCUUCAAAGACUGGUGGCCGAGGUAUUCUGCUCUUUUACGUGCUAAGCUGCUUACAAGCUCUCUCGGGAUAGAACAGCAUCAAUCUUGUCUCUGUAAAUGCGUUAACCGGAUUGAUAGGUUUGUCCAACAUUGACAUAACUUUAACUAGUUGUUAGUGGCAUCACUGUUCCUAUUUCAGCUUGUAUCAGCAAUUUAGAAAGAAUUCAUCUCUUGAAAAUCAGAAUCUGUUUUGUCAGUGUUCUGAAAAAAACUUCAGAUUUCUAUUGAACCACUUGAUCUGGGCGUAUUUUGCAUGCAUUCAUUUUAGACAUCAGUUGGUAGCAAUGUAAAUGACCUUAAAGAGGAGGCAGGUUGUGGACA